AUGCAUCGAAUCCAAUUAGCUAUGUCUUUCUUGGCUAUUUUACUAGCAGCGACGAUAGCAAUCGCUGACAAGGGCUAUGAUGAUCCAUUGGAUGUCUCUAUCAUGGCAUCGACAAAAGAGGACGAUGAUCCCAAUCAAGGAAUGGAUUUACUACAACAGCAAAAUGGAGAAAAUCAAAAUUUAUCCUUAUGCUUACAACGAUUACAUCAAUAUUCAGUACACCAUAGCCAAUUUAUCCAAUGUGCCCUUGAUAGUGGCAGUAUACUCUUUCGAAUGUGUCGCAAUUGUGCUAUCUACUAUAGCCGCUUGUCACAAAGUUAUACGCAAAUUAUGGAGGAGAAUACAACCAUUAAUCAACACUUUGGUCUACUGAAUGGAUUAAAAUGUUCACAAGACUUGAAGUAUUCAUUUCACGUUCAAGUCCUUCUUCAGACUCAUAAGCAUGCCGUAGGAUUAUGGAAAUCUUGCUCUUGCAAUGAAUGCUUCCUUCAACGCCACCAUCAAAGUGAUGAAUGGCAUCUACACGAGAAUGUUACCGAAUUUUUUUUGGUUCUGAUCGAAACGCGAAAGUGUUUCCUCCAUUUCUUUAAUAAGACCGGGCACGUUAAUGUGAAUACAAGUGAACAAUUGUUAUCCAAAGCUCAAAGUAAUAAUUCAAUCUGUGUACAGUGUCGAGAGGCUUAUAAUCAUUUAACUGCAACCUACGCCAUGUUAACUCCUCGCGUAGCUCUAUGUGGAGAUAUCGUCUACAUGAUCAAUAUUACCAGGACGAAAUGGAUCAAUGAAUGGAAAUGCAACGCCAAAUCAGAUGAUCUCACUUGGCUGGUUAUCAUAUCAACGUUAGCUUUUUUAUCUCCAGUAAUCUUUUACGGCUAUACCACUAUAAACGGAAGAAAAAAGGAUAAAGCGGAAACUUUAAACACCACUUGUGCAAGUAAUCAUAAUCCUGGUGAAAAAGAACCACCUGUAGUUGAUGCUGUACAAUCAUAG